GACUGAUGCUACCAGCAGUCAACCCUCAACCGCUUUCAGCAUACUGGGCGGGCCUGUGUAUUCAUGGAUAUAACUGCAACCAACCUCGGGCAGCGCAGUUAGCUUACGACCGCGUCUAGCCAUAAUUUUUAGGGACUUUUAGAACAAAACAAAAGAAGGGCGGCAGACGUUUGAGAGGGUUGUGGGGAUCGUCAUUGCCAUUACGUCGUAGGACCAUUUGGGGCAGGAGGUGUCUGUCGGGGGCCGCGCUGGUGUACUUCCACGCAGAAAUGUAGCGGAUUUCACCAAGUGGGGGGCUGCGCUCGUGUAUUUCCACGAAUUGCAUCAAAAGAAGGCUGAAGCCUUCGAAAGAGGGGCGAGGCCUGAAAUUGGAGCAGGGCGUUCUUGUUUCUGCUCGGGUGACAAACUUGAAGAAAUAUACGAAAGCACACCUUCCCCCCCACCGGGGAAGGGGGUGCGCGGCUCUCGUGCCUCUUUCUUGUCUUUGAAGGAUCCUAUGACACUAGCAAGAUUCCUCCAACCUAAACUCUGUGCGCCAGUGGCGGCACCUCGGUGCCGGCUGUGUUAAAUAGAUAAAUGCACACUGAGGGGCUUAGCGUUGUAUUAACUGGUGGGCAUACAGUUACAGCUUCGGCUUUUGUCUUCGUGUGCGACGUGUCAAUAUUUUUUUUAAAGAAGUGCGACGACUUAUGGGAAAUCUUGAUGCAAAUAGGUAUGACUUUUGGGGGGCUGUGUGCACGCACUCCAGAGAGACGACUAAAGGGGGGCACCCAGUUUCUUACUAGCCAUAGAAGUGCUACUAAGUGGCUGGCGACCCGCUUCUGUUUCCUCUCGCAACGACCAAGGCGGACGCAAAUAGUUUUGACUUAGGAUGGCGGCUAUGCUUGUUACACUUUUUCCAGGGUAUUCCACCGAAGAAUUCGCAGCAUCUGCGAGAUGAAGAAAGUUUGGAAAAAGACCAUAGCCGGCUGGGCAUCAAUUCUACUCGCCUCGGCCGAAUGGGGUGGACCGUCGGUCUGUCGGGGCACUGAGUAUGAGUCUCCAACCCAGGCGCAAUGCUACCCAUUUGGGGGGG